CAAGUGCCGAGGUUUCUUAACGUUGAAGCAUUGCCGUAAAUUGCUCCGCCCUGCCGAGAAUGUAAAAAUUGACGAGGCAUAUAAUCGGCCUCGUUGGGGGAAUGCGAACUGGUUUGGCUUAGAAAGCCAAGUAAUAUCGACCAAAACCCACAGAUCUGCUCGGGGGAAGCUAUCAAAUGAGUACUCAUACUGAUAGUUACUGUUGUACAUCUGCUGAGUUUUACAUGUCAAAUUUUUAUUGAUUUUAUAAACGUAUAAACAUACCGAACCCGAUCCCAUCAAGCAUGGCAGGCCCUUUGGAUAUGAAAAUCAUCAUAAUUGGGGCGGGCAUGGGAGGCCUGGGCUGUGCGCUCUCCCUGGCAAGGAAGGGUUUCAAGCACAUCGAGGUGUACGAGACUGCCCCGAACCUGGGAUUCGUCGGCGCCGGCAUCCAGAUGGCUCCAAAUAUGGUGCGCAUCCUGGACCGCCUCGGCUGCUGGAGAGGGAGUAGGCUCGAGAAGGAGGCUACGAAUGUCAAGGAAACGAGCACCAGAGAGGGCAGCACCAACAAGGAACUUGGCCAUGUCGACAUGCCAGACAUAGCUGAAAAGUACGGCUAUCCUCACUGCACCGGCCAUCGCUCAUCCUUGGCAGGCGGCAUGUAUGAGGCCUGCAAGAAGGAGCCGGCCAUCACGUUCCACUUCGGGACGUCCGUCGUCGGCAUGAGCAGCUGGGGUCCCGCAAAGCCACGAGUCACGGUUCGGCCCGUCGGUGGUACCGAUCAAGAAACGAAGGAUGUGGAGGCGGACGUGAUCCUAGCAGCGGACGGCAUCAAGAGCGUCGUGCGGAGGCAGAUGCUCGCUCGGUACGGAGCCGAGCCCGAGGAGGAGGAUACCGGCCAGGCCUGCUACCGGAUCAUGCUGACGCGGGCCCAAAUGGAGGCGAUCGGUGAGCCGGAGCUCCUCGAGCUUAUGGACAGCGAUAUGGUGGUGCGCUGGAUCGGAGAGAAGCGGCACAUCAUCGCGUAUGGGGUCUCGGGCAAGUCCAUCUACAACCUGUCGACGACGCAACCCGACGUCAACUUCGCCGCCGCCCCGUCCUCGACCUACACGACGCGCGGGUCCAAGGAGGCCAUGCUCAAGGUCUUUGAGGACUUUUGCCCGCUCGUCCACAAGAUGCUCAACAUGGUGCCAAGCAGCGAGGUAUGCGAGUGGAAGAUGCGGCAGCAUAAGAAGCUGCCGACGUGGUGCGACGGCCCCGUUGCCCUGCUCGGCGACGCCUGUCACCCGACCCUGCCGCACCUGAGCCAGGGCGCCGCCAUGGCCAUCGAGGACGGUGCCGUGAUCGCAGAAGUGUUGAGCCGCCUGCCUCCUGGUAAGGUUGACCCUGUUCAGGUCGGCCGCUGUCUCAAGGUCUACGAACUGCUGCGGAAAGACCGUACAUCGGAGCUGGUCGAUCUUGCGGCCAUGGCGGUCCGGGUACUGCACCUGGGCGAGGGCAAGGCCAAAGAGGAACGAGAUCGGCAGUUGGCAGAAGCCCGCGCUAAGGGUGAAACCUCCGUUGUGGACAAGUGGGCUUCGCCCGAGGUGCAGAAGAUGGCGUACUCACACGACUGUGUCCAACACGCCAUCGAGAACUACGAUAGCUUACUGGCGAAACUGCAAUAGUAUUUCCCUGAUUUGUUUGGAAGUAGUAGCGUUUGCAGGUCGGGUUUCAACAGUCACAGGGACUAACGCUAAUCUCAAGUGCGAGGGCAAAAAAUCGUUUCGACCGUUGACGUCUUCUGGACAUUUCAACAUGGCAGAGAUGGCACCAUUUCCUUGGAAAGAACUUAUAUAUGUCAUACGUAGAUACUCAAAACGAACGUAGUUUUUGUUAUAUUGUACAUAGCAUUAAAAACAUAAGAGAAGUCCGUGCCUGCCGGUCAAAGGUUUCCCAAAAUCGCCAUAGAAAAACGCCAAGCGCCAAGCUCAAAUUUCCUCGACAGGUAAAAAUUCUCCCUCAAUGCACAAUCUGCGUGGUUUUGUGAACGCAACCGGCCGUCGAGAGCACAAGCCAAUCAAAUUUGAUAUCGUUGAAUAUCAAAUACCAGCGGAUAGUACAUACGCUGCAUGGCAAUUCUGGUCCAGAGGAGGGAACAGUAGUCAUAGACAGAUGUGAAACGAUAGGUGCAGACCGUGCCUAAUCAUCCACCUGCAAACGGGUGAAGUGAUACCCUCUUGCAUUCACCCUUCUGAUUGUCAACGACGUAACCAAAUCAGCUUGGUCAAACCAGUCGUUCACGGCCGCAGCGCUCAAGACGUGAAACAGAUAGCUUAGAAGAGCAGACAGUCCAGACAGCAACAGCAUGCCAGACCAGCCAACAGACCCUCCGCGACACCAGGCUUCCUUCCCCUGUCGUCUUGGUAGUGACCGUAUGGCUGCUGCUGGUAGUAGCCACCGGGAGGCGGAGCUCCGUAGCCUUGCUGGCCGUAGGGACCCUGCUGUCCGUAGGGCCCCGGCUGACCGUAAGGCCCUGGCUGGCCGUAGGGGCCUUGUUGGUAGUAUCCCAUCGGCGGCGCUUGUUGGUAGUAACCGCCCUGCGGGGGCUGGCCUUGCUCGUAUGGCUUGAACUGCUGGUUGUUCGGAUCGCCAUAGUGUGCCUGAGGUGGUUGCUGGGGAGGAAAAUUCGAUUGUUGGUUCUGGGGAGGAGGUGCCUGGUAUGGUGGAGGCGCCGCCUCGCUGGGCUUGCUGGCAUUGUUGGUCUUGGGAGGGUCCAUUUCGACGGUUUUUUUUAUGCUUGAAAGCUCAAGACCGAAGUAAAUAUGUCGGCGAUGGGGAGAAACGGCAAUGGAAACCCUGAGCGAGAGCGAGUAAAAUCCCCAGCGACGUAAAUUGGUGUAGGUAUGUACAGCAACGGAAAUGUGGAAGCUGGGAGGAAG